ACUUGGGCAAGGCGCGGGGCGGGCGGGACGGGAGCGGAGACACAACAAAUAUGGCGGCUACAGCUGCGAAGCUGACGAACGCAGAGGCGGUGGCGGCGGCGGCGGUGGCGGCGGUGAAAAAGGCUGUGGGGAUUCCUCGGUGCAGUUGUCAGGAGAUAUAACAGACUUUCAACUUAAAGAAAGAAAGAAAAAAAGCAUCAAGAUGGGUGAAAAGAAACCAGAGCCGUUGGACUUUGUAAAAGAUUUCCAGGAAUACCUGACACAGCAGACGCAUCAUGUGAACAUGAUUUCAGGAUCAGUUAGUGGAGACAAAGAAGCAGAGACUCUUCAGGGAGCUGGAACAGAUGGUGAUCAAAACGGACUUGAUCACCCAUCUGUUGAAGUUUCCCUGGAUGAAAACUCAGGAAUGUUAGUAGACGGGUUUGAAAGAACCUUCGAUGGGAAGCUCAAGUGCCGGUACUGCAACUAUGCCAGCAAAGGAACAGCCCGGCUCAUUGAGCAUAUCAGGAUCCACACAGGCGAGAAGCCUCACAGGUGUCACUUAUGUCCAUUUGCAUCUGCUUACGAGCGCCACCUGGAAGCCCACAUGCGCUCUCACACUGGGGAAAAACCAUACAAAUGUGAAUUGUGUUCCUUCCGCUGCAGUGACCGAAGUAACCUGUCCCACCAUCGAAGGCGCAAACAUAAAAUGGUACCAAUUAAAGGUACCAGGUCUUCCUUAAGCAGCAAGAAAAUGUGGGGGGUUUUACAAAAGAAAACAAGCAAUCUGGGGUAUAGCAGAAGAGCACUAAUCAACUUAAAUGUUUGA